UGGGUAGACUCUGGAGCACUGCUGCUGUUCUUCACUCUUGACUUUGUACCACGAUGACCCGUCCGAGAUACAGCGUCCUUAACCUUUUUGAUCCGUUGAAUGCAACUCCGAGGAGCGAAGUCACAACGCCAGACUCGCUUUCUGGAUCUGACAAGGAAAACGCUGAGCCAAGCUACGAAUCCUACUAUGAAUCCGACAGGCUCACGAUGACAGCAUUUUUCAACCGUACUUACAAGACGCAAAGCAAGCAUUAUUCCCCAGUAGUUCUCAAAACUCGUCUAGUUGAUGUCGGUGACAUGACUAUCAUGGAUGAAACCGCCGAUCUUCUUAAUGGGCUCACUAUCGAAGAAGAGCCCGAAGAUGACGUCGAUAAUGCGUCGCUUGUUCAUGAAAGUAUGGAUUUAGAUGAAGAGGACUUUUUGGCCACGCCGAUGGGCAGUCCUUCGAGAACCAACAAUCGUUACAAUUCCGCGCAAACACCACUAUCAGAACAGACUCUUGCCCCUCAUGUUCAGCGCACCCCUCUUGCCGAUAUUUCCAUGGAUGCCACACCUGUUCCGCGCAAAGUAGUAAAGCUCGCCCAAGCUUCUCCCGAAGCUCCAAAGUCUGGCGUGGAACGUCACUCCUCACCAGUCACAGCGGUUCGCGCGAGUCACGCUACUUUGGCACCGGCUGGCUCACCGCUAGCUUCUGUGAUCAAUGCCAUCAACUUCACAGAUCAAAAUGUGCCAUCGGGAGGGCGCAUUCCUGAACACGCUACCCCUACCAUCGUUGUGUCGAGAGAAGGGAAAGUAGAUUCACCUACAGCCCACUUAUCACCUUCACCCUCGACUGCCCUCCUCGCGCACGCACAUCUCUCAGAAGAAACACCAACUCGAUCUGAUACAUCAUUGUCACCUCCUUCCAAAUAUCAGACCCAGUCAUCUUUUUCGCACGACACGUUAACUGCCCCAACCCCACGUCCUCGUUUGCGCGCUCGAGCACACACAACGUCUUCGCCAUCUUCCAAUCCGCGGCGAAAUUCUGUGGAUCUCCAGUCUUCGUUCAACCUCCAACUAAAUUGCCCUGACGCGUCUUUCGAUCUACUAAAUGAUAGGAUUUCAUUCUUUGGUGGUGAUACUUUUGCGAUCGACACCGAUGAUUUCGACAUGCAAGCUGAGGAAGAGAUGAUGGAGGCCCUCGCAAAACGAAUCAAGGAAAAGGACGCAGCAAGCACACCUGAAAACGUUGCUGGCUCUCCAGCACUACAAUCUGGGUCUAGUGCGAUGCCACAACCAUCACCUCCAAUUGUUGCUGCAAAUGCUUCCCCUGCAACCGUGAGAUUGACGACAAGACGGAGCAGCCUUUCUCCGGGAAUGAAAUUGUCGUCGCCCUCCCCACGGCCACCCAUGGUUGUUGCAGCUGAGAAUGAGGUCUCUGAGUCAGUGAAGGCGUCUGCAACUUUAUCCCCCAUCCCUUCACCAGCAUUACCAUCAGCAACACCGCCGAGGGUUUCGCUGGCAUUCGUUCCACCAGUUCCCGCAGCGCCAGUGCAUGCGCUUCGCAUCGUAAAGCGGCCCAAGGCACAUGACAGGACAACUUCCAUAUCUAGUGCAGGCUCGUCUGCUGGAAGUAGCACAGAGGAGCAGGUGUCACCGACGGUACCUCUCGCCCAGAUUCACAGACCAACACUAACAGGCGUGCGCCGCCCUCCUCCUGGGCUCAUACCUGCCGACCUUAUGGCGAAUAUAUUUUGCAAGCCUGAACAGGGAGUACGACCUACAUUGGGUAUGAAGGGCAAACUUACAAGCGUACUCGGCCUACGCACAAAAGCUACCGAGCCUCCCCGUUCACCCCUUGAAAUAUGCAUGCCCUCAGAACCUGCACAGACAAAACCACCUAGCGGGGUCCUCAAAUCAAGGCUGCUUAUGCCUACCGCGUCAUCGCUUAGCAAGGCUCCGCCAGUUAAGAUACCAAUCGCAUCCAAUACCGCUGCUGCGUCAAAGAGCCUGCGCCCGCCAUCGCGCUUUGCGACUGUAGGCAUGGCUUCGGGACUGCCCCGUCCCACAGGCGGAGUGCUACCUUCAUCCAGACUUCCUGCGCCUACUGCUAGCGCGCCGAAGUCAAAGCUGCCCAGCAUGAUCGGGCGGAGUGCCACUAUUCGGAGGGUUUAAGAGGUAAGGAAAAGGAAAAUAAAAAAAGGAGAUGAUGCACAUGGGAUGGAUUUUCACGUAUGUCAAGCAUGUUAUCAUUGCAUUUGUUCUUUGCGGCAUUUUUUUUUCCUUUGAUUUUUUUGAUCUCUCGCUUUGUUCCGUAUGCCUCGUUAUUUUAUGUCACUCACAAUGCAUGCACAUCAAGAGGAGUUGUAGAUACGCAUCUUAGCAUGGUAGUUAUGUCGGUGUUCGCUACAGUAUAGAAAACAUAGUUCAUGGACUUCCUUAGUUAUGGAUGACUUACGGUCACUUUGUGAUUUUCAACUGCAGGCCUCAAUUUUGCACCACUCA